AUGACAAAAUAAUCGCCAUCUACUCACUAUCGAAUAUCAGUAUACGUGACAAUCACCAUCCUCUCCGAGGCACGAUCGAGUCAAGUAGGACUCGAAUUCCUUCACAAAUAUCAAAAUAAGACUCAUAUUUAAAAGUAAUACACCAUGAGUAUUCAGUGGACGUUGAUAGCUGGGGUGAUGUACGCGGAGUUAGCAGUGACAGUACUGCUGCUGAUUCCACUCAUAUCUCCUUCGAGAUGGCACAGUAUCUUCAAGUCAAGAUUCCUCAGAAGUAUUGGGAAUAUGUCACACAUAUACUUCAAAGUAUUCCUGGGCAUUUUAAGCUUGUUCUUCCUUGAUGCCAUUCGUGAGAUGAGGAAGUACAGCCAUGAACUAGCUGAACAAACACAAGGUCAGCAUGGAUAUCACUUGGAUGCAGAAAUGCAAGCUCACAUGAGACUGUUCCGAGCCCAGCGAAAUUUCUACAUUUCUGGAUUUUCACUCUUUUUAUGGGUGGUUCUUCAGCGUCUAACAACCUUGAUCUCCCGCCUUGCCAUUUCAAUGGCAGAGAGUGAGGCAGCAAUGAAGCAGGCUAAAUCAGCUUCAGAUGCGGCACAACAGCUUCUUCAGCAGGAGAAAGCUGGAAAGGAGGAGGAUCAACAGAAGGAAGCCAAUGUGUCCAACGAAAUCAAGGAACUCAAAGAGGAGAACCAUCGCCUUGUUGCUGAACGUGACGCUGCUCUCAAACAGGCAAAGGCUGUUGGUCGUGAGUAUGACCGCUUGCUUGAGGAACAUGCCAAGCUCCAAGAGGAUGCAAUGAAAGCCUCGGGUGUUGUGGAGUCCAAAAAGGAUGACUGAAAAUCAUCCUGUGUUUAAUGCCUUUACCAAGUAUUUAGAGCUUUGUGGAUAUUUAAGAGCUGUAAUUGGUGAUUUUUGUUUUUUUAAAUUUAAAAAGUUAUGAAUGUAACUUGAAUGCAUUGUCUAGCUUUGCAAUUCAUGUAUGUGAAUUGACGUUUGAUAACUAUAACGGAGAAAUUGUGGAAUACAGUCUGGUUGAAAUAGUGAUGGAGUGUUGUACUUUGUUAAUGAAUAUUAACCAUUACAUGUGCUUUCAGCAGUGUGUUGAAGUGAAUUGAAUUUAAUGUUUGGCAUCACCUAUUGUCAGCAACAUUGAAAUUUAAUGUUUCUGCAGUAGUAACUUCAUUGUAACUGUUUGAAUGAGCUUCCUUUGAUGAAUGUAAUGUCAAGGUUAAAGAAAUUAAAUUAAAAUUUUACUGUAAGUUUGACACCUUCCAUCUUUUUUGAUGUUUAAGGCUCUUGUUAAUUGUCUAAAUUUAUUUUCUAAUUAGAAAAUAGGAAAUUGGUUUUUUCAAUAUUGCUGCUAUACAUUCUUCUUUGUAGUAGCAGUUACAGAUAAAUGCCACUGUUAAUUUGCUGUAUUUCUCAAAAUUCUGAUAUGACAGAUCAACUUGUGUAUUGUAACUCAUAUUUUACUAUGUGGAAAAAAGGUAGGAUUGUUUUUGCUUUUUUAGCUAACACAUUGAGCUUUAAUACAAGAUUCCAAAAUGUAAUCCAUUACAGGUCUGUUGAGUCUCUCUAUAUGUGCUGGGUCAGCCAGCAGUAAAGUGUUUAAAAAUACCCAUUUUCCUCAGUUUUCUCCCAAGUGAUGUUUUCGGUCAAGUCUUCCUCUGCCUUAUAAAAGUACCUUUGGAUUUCCAGUUGGAAUUGCACUUAUGGCUAUCUUGAAGCAUCUACAAGACUUUAGGAAGGGGUAUUCAGCUGUUGAGUAACGUUUCAAGCAUUGUAACAGCUGUUUAUUUAAAAAAUUGUAACUUUGUGUUCUAUAAGUUAGUGCAUUGUGACAAAAUGCAAAUAUUCAAUAUUUCUUCGAUGUAGUUAUGAACAAAGCUUCCUCGAGUCUGCAUGAUUGUAGAGGGUGCUCUUCUAAAAGUUCCUUUAAAAAGAGAUGAACUUUAUGCUAACUAACAAAAUUUAUAGUUUUGCAUACUAUAUCAACGAUUUUUCUAUAGAGAAAACGCAGUCACAUGUCAGCAUCAUAUACUGUUACCAACUAUGUAAAUAACCUGAGCAUAGAAGUUCACAGUAACUUAGAAUUAUGAUGAUAGAGUAUUAUGAUGAUGGUGCAUUUUUAGAGGCAUUUCACACUAAUAAUGCAUUGUUAGAAGUGUGAAUUCUCUAUAAUUGAUUUACCCAAGUUUGAACUUUUAAUGCUUUUUAUUACAUAGAUAUGUUAAUCAGUAAUUCUUACAGGCACAUGUACUUCAGUGCUCAAGAUCUCCAGUGCUCUUGACUGAACUUACUGCCUUUAGUUCAUUACUAUAACUUCCUUGUCACUAAUGUAAACACCAAGAAUGUUACUACCUCAAGGAGAGUGAUUUACCAAUUGUUCUGCUUGUGGUACCUCAACAUCAUUGUGUUUAAGGACAGGUCUCAAAAAAUAAUUAUGGGGUUGUUUAACAAUUAAAAAUAUGAAAAUGU